UUAGGCAGCCGCAAUAUUAUGGCAGCGUUUACCUGCGCGCUACUGACUGUACCGCCGUUAGCAUUUAAGCUAACCGACAGCAUAUUGUAAUACUACUGUACACAUGUUGUGCUGCUGCUGUUGGUAGUUGUAUCGGGAGAGGUUCAGUGAUCGCAGGAAGCGGCGGCUCAUCUCUCAGCUUGCUGAUGGAGCACAUCCGACUACCAAAGGUGGAGAAUGUCAGGCUGCUUGACAGAGUCUCCCCCAGAAGAAGUAGGCUGGGCACCCUCUACCUGACAGCCACGCACACCAUCUUUGUAGAGAACGAGGCUGGAGUGCGCAAUGAAACCUGGGUGCUUCACAGUUUGGUGUGCAGUGUGGAGAAGCAAGCCGCCACAGCCUCGGGGUGUUCUCUGCUCAUUCACUGCAAGAACUUCCAGGUUCUUCACUUUGUCGUACCUCGGGAGCGGGAGUGCCACGACGUCCACCUGUCCCUGCAGCGUCUCUCCCAGCCAGAGCGCUGCGAGGAGCUGUAUUGCUUCUCCUAUAAACCCAACGUCGAUGAGGAGGAGAGACGGCAGGAAUGGGACUUUUUGGACCUCAAGGCUGAUUACAGCAGAAUGGGACUCCCAAACUCCCUGUGGAAACGUUCCCCUGUCAACCAACACUUUAAGGUGAGCGACACGUACCCCGCUGACCUGUUCGUGCCUCAGUCCGCCACGCCUCCGGUCAUAGUGGGGAGCUCCAAGUUCAGGAGCAGAGGCAGAUUUCCUACUCUGGUGUACUACUCCAAAGAAAAUCAUGCCACCAUCUGCCGCAGCAGCCAGCCCCUGUCUGGUUUCAGCGCUCGCUGCCUGGAGGAUGAGCAGAUGCUGGAGGCCAUCUUGAGGUCCAAUCCCCGCAGCGACUUCAUGUAUGUGGUGGACACCAGGCCUAAGCUGAAUGCAAUCGCAAACCGAGCUGCAGGAAAAGGCUACGAAAACGAGGACAACUACUCCAACAUUAAAUUCCAGUUCAUCGGCAUCGAGAACAUCCACGUCAUGAGAAACAGCCAACAAAAGAUGCUGGAAGUGUGUGAGCUGCGUUCCCCCUCCAUGUCCAACUUCCUGGAAGGUCUGGAGAGCUCAGGCUGGCUGAAGCACAUCAAAGCUGUUUUGGAUGCAGGCAUCUUCAUCGCUAAGGCUGUUGCAGAGGAGGGGGUCAGUGUCCUGGUUCACUGCUCAGACGGUUGGGACCGCACUGCCCAGGUGUGUUCAGUGGCCUGUGUGCUGCUGGAUCCUCACUACAGGACCCUCAGAGGACUCAUGGUUCUCAUUGAGAAAGACUGGGUCUCAUUUGGACACAAGUUCUCUCACAGAUGCAACCACCUGGUCGGUGACCCCAAAGAGGUGUCCCCCGUCAUCGAUCAGUUCCUGGAGUGCGUGUGGCAGCUCAUGGAGCAGUUCCCCUGUGCCUUCGAGUUCAACGCGAGGUUCCUCAUCACCAUUCACAGCCACGUCUACUCCUGCCAGUACGGCAACUUCAUUGGCAACAACCAGCGGGAGAGGGUAGAGCUGGGAUUGCGUGAGAGGACUCACUCUUUGUGGAGUUAUCUGUGGAAGAACAAGACCGACUACAUCAACCCUCUGUACCGACCGGACCACAGCCAGACACAGGGGCUCCUCCGGCCCUCUACUGCCCCCUACUUCUUUAAGUCUUGGAGAGGCCUGUACAACCGGUUUGACCAAGGGAUGCAUCCUCGGCAGUCUGUCGAGGAUUAUCUGAGUGCCAUCCAGGAGGAGACGCAGCAGCUGGAGGAGCAGCUGGCUUCACACAAACAGAAAAUUGCUCAGCUGGAGCAGAAGGGGAGUGGAGUCCAGGAAGCCGUCGCCUUUGCUAAGAGCCCCACAGCGUGGGCUCUUGGUAGUGACCUGGGUCUGGCCAACACCCCUCAGGACUACACCGGGGGCUUCGUCACCAGCAGCCCCUGUCAGCCUAAAGCACCAGACGGCAGCCUGGUCCUCCUGACCCAGGACUGCAACCUCUCCAACGGCAGCGACCAAGAGUCUGGGAUCGCGGACGUGAGCUGCCCCUCGCCUCUCAGUGAGGACAGCGCCAGGGACCCGGACUCUGAUGAGGCCGCCUACUCGGCUGCCUGAGGCAAAUGUAGCAUUUGAUGGAAGGUGUAGCAGCGACCAGUCGUCCACUGUGCCACUGGACAGACUGUUAUUCGGGUGACACAAGACUUGCCCUUUUGUUUACAUGUGCUGUGGUGGACUCUCCCUGUUGCCACACACACACAUUACGAGUUGAUAGUUGUUUACUGUAGCUGACCACAUUUCACCUUUUGCUUAACCUGGUGAGGAGCAAAGCUCACUGUCGUGUCUGUUGUUGAAGGCGGAGUUAACCCUUGAGCGUGUGCACAGAAAGUUUAUACAACACACAAUGACCUGUUUCAUGUUGGAGACGCUUCAAAAUUCAGUUUGAAGCCUCGGCAAAAACUAAUUUACCAAAGUUCAGAAUGAGUUACGAUCAAUUAUGAACAAUUCAAUGCACUUCAGUGCAAGCGUGUAAGUGUGUCAACACAUCAAGUUAAUAAUGAGUCAUUUAGCUGUGUGUGCUUCCACACACUUUUAUUCAUUAACAAUUUGGCUUUACAAUCAUGUAAACAUAUGAACAACCAGAGCUCCAAAGAGACAUAAUCAUCACUUUAGCUGCAUUGUUUGUGCUUAAAGACGGCAAAAAAUGAUAAUAAUAAUAAUAAGGGGGGGGGGCAUGAUAACAGCAGACUCAAGUUGUAGCUCAUCAACAAAGAUAUGACAAAUAUGUACAGAAUACUGGCUGUAAAGUGUUUUGGUGAAUUUCAAACCUAAUUUAAAUGCUGUCGCACCUUAUGAUCACUGCUUGUCAAUCACAGGCCGUCUGCAAUCAAAUGGCAAUGUAGCGGUGUUUCAACACACCUUGUGGUUUUUCAACUUGAUACACAAUGUUUAAGCUUUGAAAUGUUAUCGAACAAGCAACUUAUUACAUUUCUGUCCACAAUAUUUCAACACCAGAUUUGCGAUCAAAUCAAAAAUCUUACCAAAGGGAAUCGAGCCUCUGCUGGUAUAAAAGGUGAUGGCACGACUGAUGACUGAACCAGCAGACUAGAGCACGUGAACACAAAUACACUGCUGCUUUGGGCAGCAGAUAACUGACAGGCUUUUUGAUUAUUGCCGACAUCUCAACUGUAAAGGUAGCAUUUAAACAGUACAUAGAACAGUAGUACACGUCAGGUGCACUCCAAUAAUGCAAUUGAAUAAUGGCAAGGCUAUCAAGCGAAGCAUGUUGAGAUAUUUUUGUAUUAUGUAAUAUGUUUUUGACUACUUACUUCAGUGUUGUUUUUAUUUGUAUGAGAGUGACUAAAAUGUCCAGUCAUAAGGAAUUCUGACCUAAAAGAGAGAGCUUUACUUUGCUGCGUUUAUGUGUUCAAUGUGGAAUUAGAGCCAACUUUUGUCAAACUGGUUUAAAUGCAAAAUUGUGUAAUUUGUGUCAAUUUUCAUUUAAAAUAAAUACAUUAUUGUCAAGCA